CCCUCCGCGCCCCCGCGCCCGCUCUCCGGGCGCCGCAGCCUUGGCCGCCGCGGGUGAGCGGCUCGCACUCAGCGCGCAGCCGAGGGAGCCGGCGGCUCUGCCCGGGAGGGUGUCGCCGGCGGCGGAUCGCAAGAGUGCGCGGGCCCGGGAGGCGGGGACCGAGCGCGGCGACCCGCCAUGGCUCAGGCGGCCAAACAGCUGAAGAAAAUCAAAGACAUCGAGGCGCAGGCCCUCCAGGAGCAGAAGGAGAAGGAGGAAUCCAACAAGAAGCGGCGCAACCGCUCCCGUGACCGCAAGAAGAAGGCCGAUGCUGCUACCAGCUUCCUGAGGGCGGCACGCUCGGGAAACCUGGACAAGGCUCUGGAUCACCUGCGCAAUGGAGUGGAUAUCAACACCUGUAACCAGAACGGGCUGAACGGCUUGCAUCUGGCAUCUAAGGAAGGCCACGUGAAGAUGGUGGUCGAGCUACUGCACAAAGAGAUUAUUCUAGAAACGACGACCAAGAAGGGGAAUACCGCUCUGCAUAUCGCUGCCCUUGCUGGUCAGGAUGAGGUGGUCCGGGAGCUGGUCAACUAUGGAGCCAAUGUCAAUGCCCAGUCUCAGAAAGGCUUUACCCCCCUCUACAUGGCGGCCCAGGAGAACCACUUGGAGGUGGUGAAGUUUUUACUGGAGAAUGGAGCCAAUCAGAAUGUAGCCACAGAAGAUGGCUUCACUCCGCUGGCCGUGGCUCUACAGCAGGGUCAUGAGAACGUGGUGGCUCACCUCAUCAACUACGGGACAAAAGGGAAAGUGCGCCUCCCCGCCCUGCACAUCGCAGCCCGCAAUGACGACACACGGACAGCUGCGGUGCUCCUGCAGAAUGACCCCAACCCAGACGUGCUUUCCAAGACGGGAUUCACACCCCUCCACAUCGCAGCUCACUAUGAGAACCUCAACGUGGCCCAGCUGCUCCUCAACAGGGGAGCCAGUGUCAACUUCACACCUCAGAAUGGCAUCACACCACUGCACAUCGCCUCCCGCAGGGGGAAUGUGAUCAUGGUGAGACUCCUGCUGGACCGAGGGGCUCAGAUAGAAACAAGGACCAAGGACGAAUUGACGCCACUCCACUGUGCGGCUCGGAAUGGACACGUGAGAAUCUCAGAGAUCCUGCUGGACCAUGGGGCACCCAUCCAAGCCAAAACCAAGAAUGGCUUGUCCCCAAUUCACAUGGCGGCUCAGGGAGACCAUCUCGACUGUGUCCGACUUCUAUUGCAAUACAAUGCGGAGAUAGACGACAUCACCUUGGAUCACCUGACUCCUCUCCACGUGGCAGCCCACUGUGGCCACCACAGGGUGGCUAAGGUUCUUUUGGACAAAGGGGCCAAGCCCAACUCCAGAGCCCUGAAUGGCUUCACCCCCUUACACAUCGCCUGCAAGAAAAACCACAUCCGCGUCAUGGAGCUGCUGCUGAAGACGGGCGCAUCCAUCGACGCGGUCACUGAGUCUGGACUGACACCCCUCCACGUGGCAUCCUUCAUGGGACACCUUCCUAUCGUGAAGAACUUACUGCAGCGGGGAGCGUCACCCAACGUCUCCAAUGUGAAAGUAGAGACCCCAUUGCACAUGGCAGCCCGAGCAGGGCAUACCGAAGUGGCCAAAUAUUUGCUCCAGAACAAAGCAAAAGUCAAUGCCAAGGCCAAGGAUGACCAGACGCCGCUUCACUGUGCCGCCCGCAUCGGCCACACAAGCAUGGUGAAGCUCCUCCUGGAGAAUGGUGCCAGCCCCAACCUGGCUACCACUGCUGGCCACACGCCCCUGCAUACCGCAGCCCGCGAGGGCCACGUGGACACAGCCCUGGCCCUUCUGGAGAAGGAGGCAUCCCAAGCCUGCAUGACCAAGAAAGGAUUUACCCCUCUCCAUGUGGCUGCUAAGUAUGGGAAGGUACGGGUGGCCGAGCUGCUCCUAGAACACGAUGCACAUCCCAACGCAGCUGGAAAAAAUGGCUUGACUCCCCUGCACGUAGCUGUCCAUCACAACAACUUGGACAUCGUCAAGCUCCUGCUCCCCCGAGGUGGCUCCCCGCACAGCCCUGCCUGGAACGGCUACACUCCUUUGCACAUUGCUGCCAAGCAGAACCAGAUAGAGGUGGCCUGGAGUCUGCUGCAGUAUGGAGGGUCAGCAAAUGCCGAGUCUGUGCAAGGCGUGACCCCGCUGCACCUUGCUGCCCAAGAGGGCCACACAGAAAUGGUCGCUCUUCUCCUGUCAAAGCAAGCCAAUGGCAACCUGGGAAAUAAGAGUGGACUCACUCCUCUCCACCUGGUAGCACAAGAAGGCCAUGUUCCAGUGGCAGACGUGCUGAUCAAACAUGGUGUCACAGUGGAUGCUACCACCCGGAUGGGUUACACCCCGCUCCACGUGGCCAGUCAUUAUGGAAACAUCAAGCUGGUGAAGUUUUUGCUACAGCACCAGGCAGAUGUCAAUGCCAAGACCAAGCUAGGAUACGGCCCCUUGCACCAAGCAGCUCAGCAAGGCCACACAGACAUUGUGACGCUGCUCCUCAAGAAUGGUGCUUCUCCGAACGAGGUCAGCUCGAACGGAACCACACCUCUGGCAAUAGCCAAGCGUUUGGGCUAUAUCUCUGUAACAGACGUGCUCAAGGUGGUCACGGAUGAAACCAGUGUAGUGUUAGUCAGCGACAAACAUCGGAUGAGCUACCCUGAGACCGUGGAUGAGAUCCUGGAUGUGUCUGAAGAUGAAGGAACUGCUCAGAUAACUAUAAUGGGUGAAGAACUUGUCGGCUCCAAGGCUGAGAGGCGGGACUCCCGGGAUGUGGGUGAGGAGAAAGAGCUGUUGGAUUUUGUGCCGAAGCUAGACCAAGUGGUGGAAUCUCCAGCCAUUCCAAGGAUCCCUUGUGUCACACCUGAGACUGUGGUCAUCCGAUCUGAAGACCCAGAACAGGGAUCUAAAGAGUAUGAUGAGGACUCGCUAAUCCCCAGUAGCCCAGCCACAGAGACCUCAGACAACAUUAGCCCCGUGGCCAGCCCCGUCCACACAGGGUUCCUGGUGAGCUUCAUGGUUGAUGCCCGGGGAGGAUCCAUGAGAGGGAGUCGUCAUAAUGGCUUGAGGGUGGUGAUCCCUCCCCGGACAUGCGCAGCACCCACACGUAUCACCUGCCGCUUGGUCAAGCCUCAGAAGCUGAACACGCCACCCCCACUGGGUGAGGAAGAGGGCCUAGCCAGCAGGAUCAUUGCGUUGGGACCUACAGGGGCCCAGUUCCUUAGCCCCGUGAUUGUGGAAAUCCCCCAUUUCGCCUCGCAUGGCCGUGGGGACCGUGAACUGGUGGUUCUGAGGAGUGAAAAUGGCUCUGUGUGGAAAGAGCACAAGAGCCGUUACGGAGAAAGCUACCUGGACCAGAUCCUUAACGGCAUGGACGAAGAGCUGGGGAGCUUGGAGGAGCUGGAGAAGAAACGCGUGUGCCGUAUCAUCACCACCGACUUCCCCCUGUACUUCGUGAUCAUGUCCCGGCUCUGCCAGGACUACGACACCAUCGGUCCUGAAGGGGGCUCCCUGAAGAGCCGGCUGGUGCCCCUGGUACAGGCAACGUUCCCCGAAAACGCUGUCACCAAGAAAGUGAAGCUGGCUCUGCAGGCACAGCCUGUCCCAGACGAGCUGGUGACCAAGCUCCUAGGUAACCAGGCCACGUUCAGCCCCAUUGUCACCGUUGAGCCAAGGCGCCGGAAAUUCCACCGUCCCAUUGGGCUUCGAAUCCCGCUCCCUCCCUCCUGGACUGACAACCCCAGGGACAGUGGGGAGGGGGACACCACCAGCCUGCGCCUACUGUGCAGCGUCAUCGGUGGAACUGACCAAGCCCAGUGGGAAGAUAUAACGGGAACAACCAAGCUUGUGUAUGCCAACGAGUGUGCCAACUUUACCACCAAUGUCUCGGCCAGGUUUUGGCUCUCAGACUGCCCUCGGACCGCGGAGGCUGUAAACUUCGCCACUCUGUUGUACAAAGAGCUCACCGCGGUCCCCUACAUGGCCAAGUUUGUCAUCUUUGCCAAGAUGAAUGACCCCCGGGAAGGACGGCUACGCUGCUACUGCAUGACGGACGACAAAGUGGACAAGACCCUGGAGCAGCACGAGAACUUCGUGGAGGUGGCACGGAGCAGGGACAUAGAGGUUCUGGAAGGAAUGCCUCUGUUUGCAGAACUCUCUGGGAACUUGGUGCCUGUCAAGAAAGCAACGCAACAGCGAAGCUUCCACUUCCAGUCGUUUCGAGAGAACCGCUUGGCCAUCCCUGUGAAGGUGAGGGACAGCAGUCGCGAGCCAGGAGGGUUCUUGUCGUUCCUGCGAAAGGCGAUGAAAUACGAGGACACCCAGCACAUCCUCUGCCACUUGAAUAUCACCAUGCCCCCCUGUACCAAGGGCAGUGGAUCAGAAGACAGGAGGAGGACGCUGACGCCCCUGACCCUUCGAUACAGCAUUCUCAGCGAGUCCCGGCUGGGUUUUACCAGUGACACAGACCGUGUUGAUAUGAAGAUGGCGGUCAUCACGGAGCACCUCGGCCUCAGCUGGGCAGAGCUGGCCCGGGAGCUACAGUUCACCGUGGAGGACAUCAACCGGAUCCGCGUAGAAAACCCCAACUCCUUGUUGGAGCAGAGCGCAGCCUUGCUGACCCUCUGGGUGGCCCGAGAAGGCGAAAAUGCGAAGUUGGAGAAUCUGUACGCAGCCCUGCGGAACAUCGACAGAAGUGAGAUUGUUAACAUGCUGGAGGGCUCCGGCAGGCAGAGCCGCAACCUCAAACCUGACCGGCGGCAUGGGGACCGGGACUAUUCAUUGUCACCCUCCCAGAUGAAUGGUUACUCCUCGUUGCAGGACGAGCUGCUGUCCCCCGCCUCCCUGCACUACGCGCUCCCCUCUCCACUGUGUGCAGACCAGUACUGGAACGAAGUGGCUGUCAUAGACGCCAUCCCCCUGGCGGCCACGGAGCAUGACACCAUGCUGGAGAUGUCUGACAUGCAGGUGUGGUCUGCGGGCCUCACACCCUCCCUGGUCACUGCUGAGGACUCCUCUCUGGAGUGCAGCAAGGCCGAGGACUCUGACGCCACGCAAGAGUGGAAGUUGGAGGGGGCACUCUCAGAGGAACCGCAGGGCCCGGAGCUGGGCUCUCAGGACCUGGUGGAGGACGACACAGUGGAUUCAGAUGCCACAAAUGGCCUGGCUGAUUUGCUAGGUCAGGAGGAAGGUCAGAGGUCAGAAAAGAAGAGGCAGGAGGUCUCAGGCACAGAGCAGGACACGGAGGCUGAGGUGUCUCUUGUUUCAGGCCAGCAGCGAGUUCACGCCCGAAUCACAGACUCACCCACAGUGAGGCAGGUGCUGGACACAAGCCAGGCCAGAACACUGGACUGGGAUAAACAGGGCUCCAUGGUGCCCAAUCUUCAAGAAGCUGCACAUAGUUCCUGGCAAGAGGAGGUCACACAAGGCCCGCACUCACUCCAGAGAAAGAUCACCACCAUCCAAGGGCCGGAGGCCAGCACGCUUCAGGAAUAUGAGCAGGUGCUGGUGUCUGCCAGGGAGCAUGUGCAGAGGGGCCCACCUGGGACUGACAGCCCCCAGGCUGGCAAGGAACCAAGCGUGUGGGCAUCCGAGAGCACCUUCUCUCAAGAAGUACAGGGAGAUGAGCUUCAGAAUAUUCCAGGGGAGCAGGUGACGGAGGAACAAUUCACAGACGAACAGGGCAACAUUGUCACCAAGAAGAUCAUUCGCAAAGUCGUCCGGCAGGUAGAUUCCUCCGGUGCCAUCGACACCCCGCAGCACGAGGAGGUGGAGCUGAGAGGGAGUGGACUGCAGCCGGACCUGCUAGAGGGCAGGAAGGGGGCUCAAAUAGUGAAGCGGGCCAGCCUGAAAAGGGGCAAACAGUGAUCUCUCCUCGAGUAGCCCCUUGGGAGGAUCACACCUCAACACCCAAACCCUGAACUCCACACACUCUGUCAUGCACACGGAAGGAGACCUGGACCAGAGGGCUACUGAAGGGUCGCACGUGUCCUAAGAUCCCGGCAUGACCUCUGUAAGGGGCUUCCUUUAGUCUCGUAUCCGCAUGAAUGACUGGCUGUAGACGCAUGACCUACAGUCUCCAGUCCUGCCUCUAGCGACUAUGGAUCUCUGUGGGAAUCAGGACAAAGGCCGCAAGAAGAAGGGAGAGGAGGAGUGAGGGAGAGCAAGCAAGCCCCAAAGAGCACAUGGGUGCAGACGUGAAUAAGGGCUCUACUGUGGCUGGGGUGGUUGGUUAGCGUUUGUUUGCUUUGUUUGUUUGUUUGUUUUUGAUUUUGACUUCGACCUCAUUUGUAAGAACCUCACAUGAUCAUUCUGGAACGGGAACACUGAAAACUGGGUGUGAAAUCAGUUUAGCACCAUCGCCCCAUAUCCUCGUGUGUCCGUCUCCCACGCCUGCACACAACACGUGCCACUUGUAACAACCUCCCCUGCCCCACUUCCCGGUGAAGGGACUGCUCUUCCCAGAAUGACAUGACACAGGUGCACACAUGCAGGUCUCCCCUUCACUCAGUCCACACUGAUUUUACUGUGACCUCUGAAGCUGUAUGGAUAAACUGGAUAUAUAUAUAUUUUUUAUGUUGUCACUCAGUUUCAGUAUUUAAUCAUCUUCCAGAAGAAAUCAUUACCCUGAGAGUGCAUUCGGGGUUCCUUGUGUUUAGAAAUUUGAAAAGUGAGGCAAGGAGCCCCCCAGAUUUGCUGUAGGGCUCAAAGGGAGCCAGGGCCCCAUCUCAAAGUUCUCUGCUGGGGAAGGGCCUGUGGCUGUCUGAGGAUUGCACCAGCAUGUUCAAUGGAGAGGAGGUUUUCUAAAUCGUCAAGCACUUCUAUAAUAGUCUGUGUUCAAAGUGUAAACUGUACAGUAAUCAGCCUUGUGUAUAUGAAAACAAUAAAUACUAUGCAAACCAAUAGAAACACGUUAGCAGUAUGUACAAAGCCCUCAACAGCUCAGCUCCCGAGGAGGACUUCUCCAGGCUGUGGGAGGAGCUCAAGGCUGUCUUCCACUGAAAGAGGAAGGGAGUAGGGCUGUGAAUGUACCUGCCAGUUCCUAGGUCAGACCACCCUGAGGUCUCCCAGAGCCAACUUGGUGCUUGAAGUGCAGGUGGCCGCAGGCUGGAGGUCCUGGCACAGACACUGGGCUCAAGCUCCGACCACCGGCCCAGCGCAAGGAGAGCCGGAGCAGGAUAGAGCUGCUGACCAGGAGGAGGCUGAGGAGAGACCCUCUUCUAUCUAGACUCAGGGCCAGGCCAGGAAGGGACCCCUCAACUGGCUGGUCUUGCCUUGGAGCCCUCAGGGAAGAGCCUUAACGUCACACUAGAGUCUCCUGCAGAGGGAGGCCCGAAUCAGCACAAUCCGGCUCCGCCUUGCCCGGGCGGCGCCCCCUAGGGCCAGGAAAGAGACUGGCAGGCUCUUCUCGCUCUCCAGGAGCCACUGGUGGACGGCGCGGUCACCUUCCUCGCCUGCCGCUCUUCGGAGGGGCGUGGGGGGUGUCGUCAGGACACAAUAAAAACCUUCCAAGUAGCACAGACGCCCCUCCAUGCCCGUGCCCCCACGCCCUGGAGGCUCGCCCCGGGGCUCCAGCCGGCGUGCGCUCCAGCCCCGGGCGGGUGUAGGGAAUGGGGGCGGGGGAUGCUGUAGUCCGCGGGCGGCCCCGGGAGGGCUGGGCGGGCGAGGACCGGCGCGGGGUCGCCCCGCCUCGCCCCGCACCCUCUCUGUUCCAGGCCGCCGCCCCAGUAGCGGCUCUUAGCGCCCCGCGCGGCCCGGCUCCGCUUUGGCACCCUCCGCUCAGACUGGCUUGGCUGCUUGGCACGCUGCCCCCCGCCCUCGGCGGCAUGGCUGCGCGCUCCCGUUGCUAGUAGGAGCUGUUUAGGAGGAGUUUGGGGUCUCCACUUGAUGCCUAGAGAAUGCUGCAGUCUGCACCUUAGACGCUUUUUAGAAGUUUUGAAAUGACCUUGAUUUUUUUUUUUUAAUUGUUAUGAAAAACGAACUAUGUCUUGGCUCUCUCACAUGCUCUGUUCCUGAGAGAGACCACCCCUCCCUACUCUGAUGUAUAGACCGUUCUCCCUACACCAGCUAAACAAAUGUCAAAUUAAUAAAGAAACUGACUCAUGA